AAUGUUACAACAACAACAAAACCAUCACCCAGGAGCAGAUAUGUUUCUUCUUUUCUACAUUAAACGCCAGAUUGAAAAAGACUCUAAUCUCGAAUGGUUUGAAGCUCCUUAUUGCGCAGAAGAUGAUCCCCCUCAAGAAUGGUUGCUUCUCGAACAAGCAGCACUUAUUUUUGAGAAUGAUAAUCGAAAAGAAAUUGAAGAAACAAUGAUUAAUAGACUUGUACCUUUAGGAAGACUUAACUUUAGAAGCUUUCGAAUGAUUGUCCGUCACUAUCUAGACUUAUUAAGUCAACGAAUGGACAAAUCCAUUGCUUUGUUAGCGUUGAUAGCUUUUACUGGGUUAUAUGCUAGACGAUUAGCCGAAUUGGAUGCUUCACAAUGUGAAGAAGAGGAUGAAGAAAAUUCUAAUAAAUUACCUAGAGAUUAUAGACGUGAAAUUUAUCAAGUUUCUAUUUAUGGUUCGGGUAUUUUGCUAUCUACGAUUGAGGGUUCUUGGGUAAGUACAUAUUAA